GCCGCUUUGAGAUAUAUUACCUCCUACUUGAAUUAGGCUCUAGGUAUCGAACUCCUUAGUCGUAUCUGAGCUUACUUGCUAAUCUCGCUAUCGAACAAUAAUCAGAUCUGCUAUCGAAUUCUCUUUUCUUCUAACAUGGCUCCAGACCCAAACAGCAGCGGCGGCGGCAGCGGCAUCCCUAGAGAAGAAACGUCGGUGAAGGUGCCGUCGAAGGACCCUAAAAAGAAGGACGAGAAGAAAGAUGAGGAUCUUUCGGAUGAGGACCUCGCUUUGAAGCAGCAGUUGGAGUUAUAUGUGGAAAGGGUUCAGGAUACUGAUCCCGGGUUGCAAAAGGUUGCUCUAGAGAACAUGAGGCAGGAAAUUCGGACCUCAACAAGCUCUAUGACUUCUGUUCCAAAGCCAUUGAAAUUUCUUCGACCACAUUAUGGAACUCUAAAGGCAUACUAUGAAACAAUGGCUGACUCAGAUUUGAAGAAGUACUUGGCGGAUAUACUUUCAGUUUUGGCAUUGACCAUGUCUGCUGAGGGAGAAUUGGAGAGCUUAAAGUACCGGUUGUUGGGUUCAGAAGGUGAUAUUGGUUCAUGGGGCCAUGAAUAUGUCAGGAACUUGGCAGGAGAAAUUGCUCAAGAAUAUGCAAAGAGACAGAGUGAGGAGACCUCUAUUGAAGAUCUAAUGGAACUUGUAACACAAAUUGUUGCUUUUCACAUGAAGCACAAUGCUGAACCUGAAGCUGUUGACCUUUUAAUGGAGGUUGAAGACCUUGAUCUCUUGAUUGACCAUGUGGACAGCACAAAUUUCAAGAGGACAUGCCUAUAUCUUACCAGUGCGGCAAGAUACCUUCCUGGACCAGAUGAUAUGCUUGUUCUUGAUAUUGCAUAUAUGAUAUAUCUCAAAUUUGAGGAAUUUUCAAAUGCACUUCAGAUUGCACUAUUCCUUGAUAACAUGCAGUAUGUGAAGCAAGUUUUUACAGUUUGUGAUGACCUGCUCAGAAAGAAGCAAUUCUGUUACAUCGUUGCUCGACAUGGAAUAACUUUUGAGCUUGAUGAUGAAAUGGCUGCGGAUGAUGAGGACAGAGAAGCAUUGCAGGAAAUCAUCAAUAACACCAAAUUAAGUGAAGGUUAUUUAACUCUUGCUCGGGAUAUUGAGGUCAUGGAGCCCAAAUCUCCUGAGGAUAUUUAUAAGGCUCAUUUGCUUGAUGGCCGAGCCAGUGCUGGUGCUAGUGUUGAUUCUGCUAGGCAAAAUUUGGCUGCUACAUUUGUCAAUGCAUUUGUAAAUGCAGGCUUUGGACAGGAUAAGUUAAUGACAGUUCCGUCAGACUCUACAAGUGGUGCUUCUUCAGGAAAUUGGCUUUUCAAGAAUAAAGAACAUGGAAAGGCCAGUGCUGCAGCAAGUCUGGGUAUGAUCUUACUGUGGGAUGUUGACAAUGGACUUGCUCAAAUUGAUAAAUAUUUCCAUAGCAAUGACAAUCAUGUCAUUGCUGGUGCACUUCUAGGAGUUGGGAUUGUCAACUGUGGUAUCAAAAAUGAUUGCGAUCCUGCACUUGCGCUUUUAGGUGAGUAUACAGACAAAGAUGAUUCCUGUAUCCGAAUUGGAGCAAUAAUGGGUCUAGGAAUUGCAUAUGCUGGUUCUCAGAAUGAGCAGAUACGUGCUAAAUUGUCUCCCAUACUUAAUGAUGCAAAAGCCUCUCUUGAUGUAAUUGCAUUCACUGCAAUCUCUUUGGGGUUGAUAUAUGUGGGAUCUUGCAACGAAGAAGUUGCACAAGCUAUUAUAUUUGCUUUAAUGGACCGAAGUGAGUCAGAAUUGCAGGAGCCCCUUACUCGGUUCUUGCCCCUUGGCCUUGGUCUUCUAUAUCUCGGGAAGCAGGAGAGUGUGGAGGCCACAGCAGAAGUUUCCAAGACGUUUAAUGAAAAAAUAAGAAAAUACUGUGACAUGACUCUGCUUUCUUGUGCCUAUGCGGGGACUGGGAAUGUUCUCAAGGUUCAAAAUCUUCUGGGUCAUUGUGCUCAACAUCUUGAGAAGGGUGAAACCCACCAGGGACCAGCUGUGCUUGGGAUUGCUAUGGUUGCAAUGGCUGAGGAAUUGGGGCUUGAAAUGGCAAUUCGCUCAUUGGAGCAUCUUUUGCAGUAUGGGGAGCAUAAUAUCCGUCGAGCAGUUCCUUUGGCUCUUGGACUCCUCUGCAUAUCUAACCCAAAGGUUAAUGUUAUGGAUACGUUAAGCAGACUCAGCCAUGAUACUGAUUCAGAGGUUGCAAUGGCUGCAGUUAUUUCUUUAGGUUUGAUAGGUGCAGGAACCAACAAUGCUCGAAUUGCUGGCAUGCUUCGCAACCUUUCAAGUUAUUACUACAAAGAUGCCAGCCUCUUGUUCUGUGUGAGAAUUGCUCAGGGACUUGUACAUUUGGGUAAAGGCUUACUGACUCUUAAUCCAUAUCAUUCUGAUCGAUUCUUGCUGUCACCGACGGCUCUUGCUGGUCUGAUAACGAUGCUUCAUGCAUGUCUUGAUACAAAAGCCAUCAUCUUGGGAAAGUAUCAUUAUGUUCUGUACUUCCUUGUUUUAGCAAUGCAGCCAAGGAUGUUGUUGACGGUCGAUGAGAAUCUAAAACCUUUGUCUAUACCUGUUCGGGUAGGACAAGCUGUUGAUGUUGUUGGUCAGGCAGGUCGACCCAAGACUAUCACUGGUUUCCAGACCCACUCAACCCCAGUGCUUCUGGCUGCUGGUGAUAGAGCUGAGCUUGCUACUGAGAAGUAUAUUCCUCUUUCACCCAUUCUUGAAGGUUUUGUAAUCUUGAAGGAAAACCCAGAUUACAGAGAAGAUCACUAAUUAUCGAGUGGGACAUGAAUUUGUUCGGUAUCAAGAUAGCUCCUUGCCUAGUAGCUUUUUAAGCUUAAGAGAAUCAAAUUUUGUUUGGGAUUUGGGGCAAGAUUAUAGUUGGAUGCAGGCCAAUUUGGUCAUUAACUUCCCUUGCCUUUGUUCGAAAGUCAGACAGGUCAAUGGGAAACAAAGGGCAUGCACUUGAAGAAGGAAACCACAGCUUAGACUGAUAUGAUACGCUUAGCUUUCUACUUAUCAUGGUUGUAUGUAUAUUGGACAUGGUGGCUCUUCGACCACCACAACAGGAAGAAGCAUAUCCUUGUGUUAAGGAGAAAUUCGUUGUGUUUUUUUUUUUUUUUUUUUUUUUUUUUUUUUUUUUUUUUU